UUGUAGAAUUAGUUGAGUUUGUGAACACAUUCCGAAGCAAUUUGUUGAUACAUUUUACUAAUUUCAAAGUGUGAACUUUAUCUCAAAAACAAACACCAUUUAUAUCGCUAUACUUGGGCAUGAUUAUAAAAAAAAAUAUUGAGUUGGCAAAAUGCAAAGUUUUGUUACUGUGAGUUUUUCUUUGGUUUUUCACUCUAAAAUAAGAAUGUACAUAUGGUAAUUUGGUGGAGUGCUAGAGAGGCACAUGCCUAGUGAUAAUUGAUUUAAUUUUGGGAGCUGACUUUACAGGAUUUGGGACACAUUCAUGAAUGUAUAAUAAAAUCCACUAUCACGAAAUCUUAAUCGAUAAAUGUUUUCAUAUGAUCUAAUUUCACAAAACAUAUGACCAAUGCGUAAUUCAAGUAAUACAACAUUACAGUACGAACAUUCUGGGGAGAGUUCUUUAAACAAGUGGGAAUUUGAGUGAAUGCGAGCCACGUUGUGAAGUAAACUGAUUAUAGAAAUCAAAUUGACUGCAGUUAAUAAAAUAUUAAUUUGACUCAAAUCGACAAACUUCGCACAAACUCUCUGUCGUUACACACGCGUCCUGAUAUCAAAGUUUAACAUACCCGAGGGAUAUAAAAAAAAUCUGAGAGUAACAUUUGUGUGAUUUCACGUUGAGCAUUUCAAUCGAUAAGAUUAUGGCUCGUAUUGCUGACGACACUGACUUUGAGAUGCUCAAGUGCCUCGUGAACAGCAACGAAGGCUGGACGUUGGAGCUAUCGAAAGCCAACACGGAAGUGUGGACGCGUCCCGUGGUGGGAUGUGAUUUUCACAUGGUAAAAAUCAACACCUUGUUUGACGACAUCACAACCGACACGCUGUUCGAUGUCCUCCAUGACCCAGACUAUAGACGAGUUUGGGAUACCCACAUGCUGGCCAGUGAGGAGAUUGGCAUCUUCAACGUCAACAACGAUGUUGGAUACUAUGCAAUGAGUUGUCCUCCGCCACUGAAGCCACGAGAUUUCGUGCUGAUGCGCUCAUGGCUUGACACUGGUCCGCAUGGCGAACAGAUGCUCAUCUCCCGGUCUGUCACCCAUCGUGAUUGGCCGCCCAGGAAGGGUUACGUUAGGGCUACGUCGCACAUCACUGGCUUCCUUCUGCGCUCUCAGAACGGUCAGUGCAUCUUGAGCUAUGUGGCUCACUGUGAUCCCCAAGGAGCCCUCCCGCCCUGGCUAGUCAACAAGGUCACUCACACGCUGGGGCCGCGCAUGAUUAAGGAUCUCAAGAAGGCAGCCCUCGGUUAUGUUGAAUGGAAAAAUUCACAGACACACUUUCGGAAACCGUGGAGGUACCCAGAGGAAAUUGCCGUGCCACGGAUUUCAUUAUCAGAAUUUAAGGGUAUUGAAGACAAGCCUACGGAAAAUAAUGUACCUUGUGAAGAUAUGAUCAGCAGCACAACCAAGUCAGCAAAGGAGAGCAAGAAGAAGAAACGGCUAUUCUAAGGAAAUGACUAAGAAAUCUACAUAUGACUAUAAUUUAAAUUGUUACUUUAGUUUAGAAAAAUAUUAGACAUCGAAUUUUCGAAACCAUGCCCUAAGAUAUACUUUCUCUAGGCAAAAUCGAAAUUUUAACAAGUAUUUGAAUUAUCCUAGAAACUGUAGGUGUAUAUUUCUGUGUAAAUCACGGUGAUAUUUUUAAAAGUACCUUAGGAGGCAUACAACUAUUUUAAUAUAGAGAUUAAAGCAAAAAAAAAAACCGAAGAUAAGCAUUGUUAAUUGUUGAAGAGGAAUACUCGUAUAACAUAUUGUUGAUCAAUUGAGAGGACAAGACGAUAAUCUUUAACUUCUUUUCUAUACUCACACGCUGUCUUUUCUCUAAAAAAAAUUACAAUUCUCGACUCGAACGAAUAAGUACGUCUUUUCUAUUUUAACAAUAGAUUUUUUUAAACUUUCUAACGACAACCUUCCACACAUAUAUACAUAUAAUGUAAUUAUUGAUAGCAUGUGAGCUAAAUUAUUACAUAAAUUAGUCAAUAUAGACUGCAAUUAAUAUGUAUUUAUUGUAAAUGUAAAACGUAAAGUGAAUAAUUUUAGAAAUAAACAGCAACGAAAUUUCGAGUUCACAUGGUUUAAACCUUAUGUUAAAAGUUAUUGACACUAUGUAAAUUAAUCAAUUGCAAAUCCAAUUAAUCCUAUUCAAUUACAAUUUAAGCCAAUAUCGGACUUAUUGUUUUUUUAAGACGAAAUGACUGCUAUUUAAACUAUUGACGAAAUAAAGGAAGA